UGGAAAUCAGUUAUAAAAAGUCUUGCAAGACUAUCAUAGCCAAUGUAACAUGUUCCAUUUUUCCGUGCAAGAAUUUGCAUGAGAUUUCUAUAGCGUGGAGACACCGCUUCACUCUAGCUGCAAAUAAAGAACCUGCUUUACUCGUCUCUGGCAACGCAUACAUAAAGUAUGUAAAUAGUCUCUGCCGUACUGUGCCGUUACUUUUACUGCUAAGCGUUAUUCCCAUACUAUGCCAUAGAGUAUACGUAUGCUAGCCCCUAGGCCGUAAUGCUCUACAACAAAGGAAGUCAGUUUUGUAUUCUGAUAAUAAAUUAUGCGUUUUUUCAAUAAAAUAAUAUAUAAAAACUGAUGACAAUUUUUAAGUUCGGUUGUAAUUGAAAGAGGUGUUAGUGGCUGGUAAUAUAUGACAAUCGAAAUAUAUGAAAAAUCGAAAAAUUAGAAAUUUUUUUGUUUUUCAAUGUAAUGUUUGCUAGCCGUUCGACAAUCAGUUAUAUGUAUCAAUAACAAUCUAAAAUUUAAUGACAGCCAAUAAUGAAGCCACGCAUCAGAAACAACAGUUUGGGUCCUCAUUUUAGAUCGAUAGGGCCAAAACGAAUUAGAAAACCAAAGAAAAUAUUUACACCAGCAUCUGAUAAAAAAAGAACACUCAAUGAAGUAAAUUUAAAAAAAGUUAGAGCUCUGAAAAAAAAGAAAAAUAACAGCCGCUUGAAAAUUGAUUUUUCAGAAGAUUUUUCAGAUCAAGAAAAUGAUCAAAUUGAGAGUACCCGUACUGAAACAGUAAACGCAUUAAAAAAUCUUGUACUUAGUCAAAAUGAGUCUGAUGUGAGUUUUGUAGAUAGAAUAAAUCAUGAUUCGGGAGAAAAUUUAAACUCAAGUAAUUUAGAAGAUGAAAGUCAAGCUGGCCGUCAUAAUGACGAGCGUUUUUCUCGUGAAUCAAACCAAGCAUCUAGCUUGGAUCAAGAUACUUCAAUCAAUAAAAGACGUUCACAGUCCCAUUAUAGGUUACUUUAUCAAAGUGAUGAUGGUGAUUAUGAUUGCGAUGUGGACUCACCAGGUGAGUCAAGUCGAAACAGUCAAUUGGAUCAUGAUGCUAUAAGACAGUCGUUAGCUUCCCGUAAAGCAUCUAGCUUGGAUAGAGAAACUGAAAGAGGCUCACGGUCACCCAGUUUGAUUCAACUAAAUGAUAAUAACGAUGGAGAUGGUGACUUGGAGACAUUGAGUAGACCAGACCAAGAACGUAGGAUGAUUAGAAACCACCAAAUUCUUAAAAAUCAACAAAAUAAUACAUAUGACUUAGAGACACCAGUCAGAUCAAACCAAGAACGUACUAUGAGUAGAAACCGUCCAGUGAAUGAUGUUGUAGAACAACCAAAUACACCACGUAAAUCAGAGAGUUUUGAUGAUGAUUAUUCAACGGUAGAGGUCGACAAUGAUCGAUUCCAAAUGUAUGGUGCUGAUUAUGAGCAUGCUCCGAUGUUGUCAUUGGGAAACGGUAUUUUCUGCAUGGAAGAUUCAUGCUCAGUGCAACACACCUAAUUCUGUAGUUCGUUAUCUAAUGCAUUUUUAAUCCCGAACGAGUGCUGAACUGCACACUCACUGGUCGAAGAAUAAACAAUCAAGGAAAGGUUAGACAAAACCAGCCAAUGCAAGCUAUAAACGAUACUGCUAAAGACAUUAUAAUAAGUAAGAACAUGAUGUACAUACAAUAACAGAAUCGAAAAUUGUACGUGUUACCGGGCCGAAACGGAAAUUUACGGCUAACAUGAAUAAUACAUUACCGUAUGGUUAGAAUACUAUGUAUAAUAGCGGUAAAAAAAGACAUGGGUGCUUAACUACUGAGUAUAAUACUAGCCCGUAUAAUACCAGUAAAAAAAGACCUAGGGACUUAACGACUGAGUAUAAUACAUGUAAUAAUACUGUAAAUAA